UCAUUUCUUUUAGUUGUCAGUUCAUCUGUGUCUGUAGCUGCUGUAUUUGUUUCCCUGCUUGGAUUCUUUGUUGUUUUGCAUCAACCUGCUGUUUCAUGCUUCUGAUUGUUUGUUUUUGUCUUAAACAACCUUAACAAAAAGAAAAAAAAUCCAGGUAGCCUAUAAAUAAUUGUGGCUCCAUUUUUUUCUUCUUUUUGGUGUUGACAUAAAGGCACAAACUGAACCAUCCUCCACUUCCUUUUUGACGUCCUCACACCAGCUCGCAUCUCUGCGAAAGCCGAGAGUCUGAGGUUUUAGCAUGUGAAGUAAAGCGCACUCUUCUUACAUAAAGUGUACAGUACACUGUAAACUGCCAGCAAUCUUGUCCACUAUGGUUACAUGGAAACUGUGGCUUGCUGUACUCCUGACUUCUUGCACUGACAGUGAAGCGAUACAAGAGUAUCUUGAGAAGACCAUUGGUAAAGAACCAGAUGUCACUCCACUAUGCAUCAAUAAAACUGGGAGCUUUAUCAUGUUUAUAGUUUGUAAGAUCAGAACUGAGAUGAACCAGGGAGAAGAGUGUCGUCUGUUGUAUCGAUACGGACAAGACUUUGUACAUGAAUGUGACUCCAGGUUCACACUAGUGAAGGAAAAUCACACCGUGUUUCUACACUUGAUCAAUUUAACACCAAAGGAAAGUGGGAACCACACUUGUGAGUGUACAUAUCUUGGUGGAACACACACUCUUCAUCUGAAUAUCACUGUGAAAGAAGAUGAAGAUGAAGAUGAUGAAGUCUUGGCCACAGCUACGGAUAUUCCUCUCUCUUAUGUUUAUAUUGGAGUCACUAUAUUCAUCAUAGUAAUUUGCAUCAUCCUGGGAUUUGUCUACACAAAAAGACGCCACAGAACACAAACUGAACCAAUAACCAGUCAACCAAACACGAUACUGCCCACGGAAGCAGAGGCCAUCGAGCCGUACAGCGUCUUCAUUCAGACGGAGAAUGGACUUUACACAACUGCAAGAGUAACACUGUUUAAAAACGAGGACUAAUAAUACGUCUAACACAUAAAUGAUAAUGAUUUAGAACAUUAUUUUCCAUGUAUUUAAUCAUUUAUGUGAGUUUGAUAUUUUUAAAGGAAGUGAACUCUCUUGUAAAACAAAUGCAAGUAUAAAAUAAAAUGUGUGAAAAUCUGU